AUGCUGGCACAAACAUUUAAAAAUCCAUGCAGGACCGUCGUAGAACGGAUGUCCGGAACUACGGUCUUCGUCAGAAAUAAGAGAACAAAGAGCAAAAGUUCAUUGUCUCCCUUGGCGCAAAGGGUCGUCACACAGCUGAGUGUAAUGUCUGCAAGCAGGAAGCAACCUAAACUGCUGAAACUGGCGCGAGAGGACCUUAUCAAACAUCAGACCAUCGAGAAGUGUUGGUCUAUUUACCAGCAGCAACAACGGGAGCGCAGAAAUUCGCAGCUAGAAUUGCAAUACAAGAGUAUUCAGAAUGCCAUGACCCUUUUAGAGGAACUCAGCCCUCGUCUUUUCGAGGUCGCCAAUGCUUCCGAGAAAGGCAAGCGGUUUCCAAUGGAAAUGAAGGUGCCUACUGACUUCCCACCAAAUACACCAUGGCACUACCAUUUCCGGAAGUGA